UUUUCUUAUUCAUUCGUUAUCUAUUUUUGUAACAUCGAUGUGACAACUACAUCCGUGUGUAGUUCUUAUUUGGAAACGACACAAACGUAUUCAGGUGAAUUCCUUGGCAUAACAUGUCAACCAUUUCCCUAAGUUUGUACAUUUGCACGAUACUGUUAGGUUCAUCCACGUAUGUAGAAGCAUUUAAUUCCUGCAAAGAAGUAUACUUGUCAAACAAUCGAAAUAACAGUGGAGAAUAUAUACUUUAUCAUGACGAAAACCCAUUCAAAGUAUUUUGCUUCUUUGAAGGAGAUUGGGUGUAUACAUUUAUAUCAAAGUCGUCGUAUAACACAUCAAUCGACAUCUCAAAGUUAUACAACACUAGAAACUUUACUAAAAUUCGUAUCAGGUGGAAAGACGGUACACAAAAAGACGUUUCUGUAGAAAAUUUGACAGGAUAUCAAAAUAAAUCUGAUCUCUACUUCGGAUAUAACAACCAUAAUUCAUAUCAAGGACCUCAAAGAACAAAUGCCGAUCACAUGUCGCCAUAUCUGUUUCUUGGAUUUUUACCAAUUAGCCUGGCAAAUGAAAAAAACACACAAGGAUACCGUGCUGGGGACAGGGAUUUUAGCUUUAGAAAUUGUGACGCAAAUCCAAAUAGUUACAUAACUUUCUAUUUCAAUCCGAAUAGAAGCUACUCGAGGACUGUUGGCAGGUCAAACACCUUUAUGACCGGUUGGAUGGAUUAUUCGUCAUCAAUAAAUAAUAAUUUAUCCAUGGGUAAUGAAUUUUAUUUUGAUUUUGAGAUGCAUAUGGGAGGUUGUGGUGGACUUAUGACAACAUAUGCUGUAUCCAAUAUAACAGUAGCUUUAGGAUUACCGUUUGGGCCUUUAACAAAUUUUGAAGCACAUGAGAAAGAUAUUGGAGAAAUGGGAAAUACAGGGAUGAUAAUCGGACUUGUGAUCGGUUUGGUACUGUUAAUAUGUGUUGGCUUCGUAGCAGUAAUAUUUUUAAAAAGAUAUAUUGGCAUGAGCGAAGAGAGGGACACGUUCAAAAAUGUUAUUACUUCAGAUAGUUAUACAAUUCCAACAAAGAACGUUCAAGGUCACGAGUAUCGAACCCUAGAAAUAAGAAAACAUACGAAACCAUACAUGAAUGUUUCGAGUAUAUCAGGCAGUCGUGCUGUAUCUAACACUGAAUAUGACUACACUGCCGCAAAUGAAUAUGUUGACCUUGACAACCAAAUAGGCUUAACAAAUAGGGAAUCGAAUUAUAAUCAGUAUGAAGUUGUGGAACAAACACAGAAUAUGUAAUAAACUUCUGAUAUAUCACCCGACAACACUAUGAAGAAAAUUAUUCUUAAUUGAAACAUGCAAAGCAAUAAUUGAAGGUUAAGAACUUGAGGAGGAAAUAAAAAGAAAUCGGGAAAAACAAGAUUGACGAAAUGGCAAAAGUUUAAGUGUAAUGAAGUGACUAGUUAUUGUACUUCAAACAUACGAAAUUAACUUGAGUACAAACCAUUGAACAUGUACUUAUGUGCAAAGUACUUAUGAAUUGUUUAGUUUUAUGUCUUUUAUCUAGAAGAUCAAAUUAGCAAUCCUACUUAACGCCACUUACAUUAUGUCUCUGAUACUUAGAAAAUACUAUAUUGAGCAAUCAGACUGUCUUAUUUCUGCAGUAUAAUAUCCGAAAUUUACAGUUUUAAGUUUUUCAUGGAAGAAGCUUAAUUUUAUUUUAGAACACAUAAGAUAGAAUACCUUUUUCAAACUCUUUGACUUCGAAAAAGUGGCAUCGCCUUUUUAAUGUAGUUUCUGUCUUUUUUCCGUAUGGUCAAAGUGUCUUUGAUUUUAAACAUUUGAUAGACCUAACAUGUACAGUAAAUAGUUAUUAAAGGUACCAGGAUUAUAAUUUAGAACGCCAGACGCGCGUUUCGUCUACAUAAGACUCAUCAGUGACGCUCAGAUCAAAAUAGUUAUAAAGCCAAACAAGUACAAAGAUGGAGAGAUUUGAGUUCCCAAGAUUGCAAAACGUUGUGCAAAAUAUGGCUUUGGUAAUCUAUUACUUUUGUUCGUUAAGUAUUCAUUGUGUUGAUAUCUUAUUACUUCGUUUAUAUAAUGAAAUAGUAUAAGUUAAGAAUUAUAUAUUGCACGUGGCCCAUUUAGUUACUACGGUUAAUAUCUGUACGGUUGUCAUCAUGCGUUGCCUACAAUAUAAUGUAAAUAAAUUAUUCUUAUAUUUGAUUUCAUAAUCCGGCUUAGGAAUAGUUUGUUAGACUGUGUUAUGUUGUUUAGAUGUUUUUUAAUGUUUUGAUUUCUUUACUUGUGUUUAUUUCUACUAAUGUUUGCCCUCAUGCAACAACAAAAAUAAAUGUCUCACUAUCAUUAUGUAUGGUAAACAUCACAGCCUUUCAAUUAAAUCUCGGACAAAACUUCACGAUAAAAGAGAUAAAAUCAAUAAACCAAGUGUGGACUUUCCAUUUUCGUCUAUCUACCUUUCAGCGGUACCUGUACAUAGAGUAUUUAUAUCCCAGUUGAUACUAUU